AUAGUCAAGCCAAUCAGUUGGAAAACCCAAUCGAAAAGAUUCAACUUCAACAUUAUAUUGUUACGAGGCGACUAUUUCACAAAUAUCUCUGUUUGACGCAACAUUAAUUUUUUGAAAGAUUUGUUGAACAUCGAAAUUUACCAUCCAGAUUGAAACAAAUUACGCCUAGAUGUAUUAUGUUCUAUAUGUGUGCGAUUAAUAGAGAGUUUCUGUUAAUAUAUCGUUCGUGAUUUAAGACGUUGGAGUCCUGGUUAGAAUAUAAGAAAAAAUAAAUGUGAGACUGAGGCAUCAUCAACCAAUAGUGCUUAUAUAUCUAGUAGGACCCUAAUUAUGAAAUCAUUUGAAGAACGGAAAAACCUCUUGAAACUGAAAACGAAAGACAAUUGUCUACCGUUACAUUUUGCGGCCUACUGUGGAUCUAAAGAAGAAUUCUACUCUCUCGUUAAUAAUGGCGAUAACAUUGAAUCACUAGAUAAUGACAGAAACCAUGUGUUGCAUUUUGCUGCUUUUGGAGGAUGCAUUGAACUCGUGAAAUACCUAAUCGAUAAGGGAUGCAACCUGAUGAUCAGGAACUCCAUGGGUGCAUUAGCUAUCCAUUUUGCUUUUGCCAAUAAUUGCGUGAGUGUCAUCAAUUACUUCAUUGAACAAGGACUCCACGUCGAUGAAAAAGACAACCAUGGCGGUACAUUGCUGUUUUAUUCAACUAUUUGUACAACUCCAGAAACUCUAGAAACUGUUUUAGGUUAUGGAAUUGAAGCCGAUUUACGAGACUCUAACGGAAACUCUGCCCUACAUUGGGCAUCAUUCUCAAAUUCACCUAGUUGUGUGGACUACCUCAUGGAUCAAUGCGGGAUUGAUGGUACUAUUACGAACGAUAAUGGAGAACAACCAAUUCAUGCAGCGGCCAGAAAUAACUCGUUGGACAUAAUAAAACUGUUCGUAGAACGUGGAACAAAUCUCAAUGUUCUAGAUAAAAACGGCAAUUCUAUACUCCAUUCUGCUGCUAUAGGGGAUUCUCUGGAAGUUACGAGAUAUUUGUGCGAAGUAAUGGCAAUGGAUAGAAAUAUUUCCAAUGCCAAUGAAAACAAACCUCUUCACUUCGCAGCCAUGCACAACUCCAUGAGGGUGAUUCAGUAUUUAGUCGACGGUGGCUCUGAUAUCUAUACCAGAGGUUAUAACGGUUAUACAGUGCUUCAUUGGGCUGCAGACACGAAAUCAAUGAAUGUCAUCAAAUAUUUCGUUGAACACUGGAACAUGCGAAUCGAUGUGACAGACGAUAUUGGCAGAAAACCGAUUCAUGUUGCUUCUGGAAGAGAUGCCUUAGAUAUUAUCAAAUAUUCUAUUGAGCGAGAUCACAACUUUGAAUGUCCAACUGACGAUGGACAAACUCUCCUUCACUUUGCCGCUGCAUAUAAUGCAAUGAAAGCUUUGAAAUAUUUCGUCGAAGAACUUGGACUCGACUUGACGGUCAAUAAUAAAUAUGGUCGGGCUCCAUUACACUUAGCUGCUGAAAAUAACUGUUUGGAAGCUCUGAAGUAUCUCGUUGAUCACGGAACUGAUGUGAAUGUGGUGGACCAAAUUGGAAAUACGGUUGUACAUACAGCUGCCACGGCAGCUGGAGUGGAUACGGUGAAAUACCUCGUCGAAUAUCUUGGGUUGAAAAUUACAACUCCUAACAACUACGGUUUUCUUCCCAUUCACCUUGCAGCCGCGAAGAAUUCACUUGAAACGUUCAAGUAUCUAACUAGCUCAGGGGUUGACUUGAAUGAAAUAGAUGAAGAUGGUGGAACUUUAGUACACAUGGCGGCUGCAAGAAAUUCGCUAGAUAUAUUGAAGUACCUCAUCGAAGGAAAGAUAUUAGAUCCAAAUAUUCCAAGUAGAAAUGAAAGCAAAUCCAUACACUACGCAGCUGAAUACAACGCACUGGAAGCAUUGAAAUAUUUACUCGAACAUGGAGUGGAUUUAAACAGUUUGGAUUCAAACGGAGAUACUAUCCUUCAUAGAGCAAUAGAUAAUGAAGCCCUUGAGAUCGUAAACUACCUGCUGGAAUAUACUACAGUUAUGGAUGUUCCUAACAACCGUGGUUGGAAACCAAUUCAUUAUGCCGCUAAAUACGAUAUACUGGAGGUGAUUGAAUCUUUAUUUCUUCAAGGUUAUGAAAUUGAUGCGGUAACUCAUGAUGGGGACACAGCUCUCCAUUUUGCUGCCAAAACGGAUGCAAUCAAGGUGUUCCGGUAUCUCAUCGAAAAAUGUGAAUUGGAUGUAAAUGUUGCCAACAAUAAAGGUAACAAACCAAUUCAUCUCGCAGCGAGGUCGAAUUCACUGAAAAUUCUUAAAUAUUCAACAGAUAAUGGUCACGACAUUCAUGCCGUUGGUGAACUGGGGUUCUCAAUUCUUCACUGGGCUGCCACCAAUAAUUCACUAGAUGCAGUAAAAUAUAUCAUCGAGCAUUGCGACAUAGACACUGAUGUGGAAGAUGAAUUAGGCCGAUUUCCGAUUCAAACAGCCACUGCAAACAACUUUACCGAAACUGUGAAGUAUUUGGUAUCACGUAGCUCAAAUAUAAUAGCUGAUAGAAUUGGCAACACGCUAUUUCACUACGCUGCAGCAUGCAAGGCGAUAGAUGUGUUGAAGUACCUUGUUGAUAGACAUAAAUCUCAAAUCAAUGUUGCAAACAGACGUGGAGCCAAACCAAUUCAUUAUGCAGCUUUGGCGAACAAUGUUGUUGCUAUCGAAUGUCUCAUCGAUAAUGGCGCCAAUAUAUAUUCUGUGGAUGAGAUGGGAAAUUCAGUCCUCCACUUUGCUGCUUCUUCAAAUUCUGUAGAUACUCUGAAACUAUUCAUCGAGGAAUUCUGUUUGAACGUUUACACUGGAAAUAAUUAUGGCGAUAAACCUAUGCACGUCGCUGCUGAGCAGAAUUCCCUUGAAGUUGUCAAGUACUUCAAAGAAAGUGGAGUAGAUAUGAAUGUCGUUAGUAAGUCAGGAGACAAUGUUGUACACAGGGCUGCCGAGUUUGACGCUAUUGAUGUGAUGAAGUAUUUUGUGGAUAGCUACUCAGAUGUCAGUGUAGGUCGCCAAGAAAGAACUGAAUGUGCUAAUAGCUUGGUUACUUCUGCUGAAGCAAUACAUUUUGGUUCGGAGAUAUCAAUAAAAGGUGGAAACUACUCGCUUGAUUCAGGUGUUGAUAUUUUUGCCAAAGAUAAUCGAGGAAGGACUGCUCUUCAUAUUGCUGCCAUGGUAGAUUCAAUUAAUGUUAUAGAGUUGCUGAUGAGUCGUGGUAUGAACGUUAAUGUGAAAGAUUGCCGUGGAAUGACUCCCGCUGAUUAUGCUGUUAAGAAUGAUUCUACCAAGGCCAUUGAGUAUUUUGAACGAUUUGGCAUCAAGGGAAAAAGCUCUUCUUGUAUUAUAUCUUGAUACCUGAUAUGCUGAUAUUAUAUCCUGAUACAUGAUU